AUGUCGCGUGGUAAUCAGCGUGAGUUGGCUCGUGCUCGCAAUAGUAAAAAGGCGCAGGCUGUAAAGAAAAAAAAGGAGGGAAAUCCCUCAAAGCGUUUAGAGGAACAAGCCGAGAUUAUGAGAGCCAAGCAGCGUGCUGCUGACGAGCGUAAGGCACUUUCUCAGCAAAAGGUUUGA